GAAGACUGGGACUUAUCAGUGGGAACUGCGCGCUUCGCUGUAGUACUUUACUGUGGAUUUUAAAUUCACCACCUGCGAUUUCAAAACAGCCCGUUCGCUCGAGACAAACUGCCACUAGAAUCGACAUGAACAAUCCGGUGUGCUUGGGUAUUCUGAUGGGGAUGAGUGUACUGUUGCUUCAACAAGGAUUACCAGUGCGCAGCCAAUGGGAUUCUCAACCUGACAACACAAUGAUGGACAACAUCACCGUCAGGCAAGGUGAAUCGGUUAUUCUCAGGUGUUUGCAGAGCGAUGAUAUGAUGCGCAGUGCCUGGCUGAACCGCUCCACUAUCAUGUACGCUGGGGAGGACAAGUGGUCGAUGGAUCGCAGAGUCAGCCUGGUGGUGCGAAACCAGGAGGAGUUCACCAUAAAGAUCGAGGACUUGGACACGUCGGACGAGGGCCUGUACACGUGUGCGGUGCAGACGUGGGGCAGGCCCAAAACCACGUCUCUGCACAUCAUCGUCCUGGUGCCACCAAAAAUCGUUAAAUUGGCAAAGAACAUAACUGUGAAUGAAGGUUCGAAUGCCACCCUCUUGUGUUCGGCAAGUGGAAAGCCAGAACCCACAAUAACUUGGAGAUUUCUGUCACCAGCCGCCCAGGUUGCUGUCUCGGAGGACGAAUACCUGGAAAUUCCGGCAAUCACUCGGCAGAAAGCAGGAACUUACGAGUGCAACGCGUCCAACGAGGUCUCCGCAGAUGUACAGACCACAGAACUCAUCGUCAACUACCCGCCUACGCUUUCAGAAGGGAAAGACGUCGGAGUUGUGCUGGGUCAGAGAGCCGUCCUCGUGUGUGAGGCAGAUUCUCAGCCUGCAGCUGAACUCGAGUGGUACAAAGAAGACAAAAGGAUCACCAAUCAGGUUGAAGGCAUUGAGAUUGAGAACACAGCAGAAAGUUCAAAGCUGACCCUUUUCAACAUCUCAGAGGAAGGCUAUGGAAACUACACUUGUGUCUCCAUCAACAGACUUGGCAGUGCAAACACAACCAUUAUUGUGUAUGAAGUAUCCGAGCCCACUAGCUCAACACUGUUGCAAGAAAAGACAACAUUUCUCAUGGCAUCAUCAAAUUAUGCAAUACUGAAAGGGCCCGGAGCCGUGCAGGACGGGAAUAGCGGUGCCGCGGGAAGGCACUCCUCCGCCUGUCUACUCCCGGUGGUCUGCGUUCAGCUCCUGCUCCGGUUUUGAUACAGAAGCGCGAUCCGGAGGGCGGCUGGACAUCCGUGUGCUUUUAUUUUGUCUUCUUUCUCUCUGGCGUUCUCUCCCCCCCCCCCCCCCCCCCGAAAGUCCCUCUCCCGGCACUACAGACUGUUGUGUAUUAUGUGCAUGGGGGCAGCCAUUACUUGUCUUUUCCAACCUCCAAAUGUUCUCAAAAUAAUGUUUUUCAGUUGGGGUGAAGUUUGAAAGUUUAGACUUCAAGCACCCAGUUGUGUUACUGCGACACAAUCCAGACGAUGUUUGAAUUUUUACCUUUGAGAAAUAAAUAAGAGUUAUACAAUAUGGAUAUUUUGGGGUAUAUUUGACCCUCCCACUUUGUGAUUGGCUCUUUUUGUUGGCUAAUGUAUGCAUAUCUUAAUUUUAAUUAAUUUUAGGCGGCAUUCUUUUGCUGGAUAAUGAAGCUUCUAGACAAGAGCUUCUUAUUUGCUUUAAUCCCUCUGUUAAAGUUGAAUCACAUUAUGGUAGAACUGAAUCUAGACUUAUUGUGUGUUUUGUUUUUUGUUUUGCUUUUCAUAUCUAAAGAGAACAGUAUUAUCCUCGAGAAGAUAUAUGGAUAUUGAGUAAAAUUUACCCCGCCCCAAUUAUGUAAAUGGUGAUAUUUUUAAUGUGAUGUGCACUAUGCUAUUCUUUUUCUUUUGUGUUAUUGAUGACAUUUUAACAGAGAUGUUGAUAUCAAAGGGUUUCUGUAGAUGUUUUGGUAAAUUUUAAAUAGUAAUUCAGCUAUGAAACGUUGUGUUUUAUGAUUUGAAAGAAUUAUGUGGAGAAACUGUAUUUUUCAAUCUAAAUCUCUCAAGCAGGAUGUGUACCUUGGGUAAUGGGACUAAAUGUGUCAUAAGGUCAUUGAGACAGUGUCAACAACAGGCAGACUGAUUUGAAUAAAUCAUUGCAUUUUGUAAUGUCUUUUAAAAUGAUUAUGACCUGAGUUCUGAUGUCACUGAAUUGUAUAUACAGUAUAUAUAUUUUCUUUCUUCACAAACACUUAUUUCAGUUAAUUUAAAAUCAUUUCGAUAUGGUUUUCCAAACUCUUUGUAAUGAAAAUAAAUAAAUAUGUCCUUAAUAACUUGGACAAAUGAUAUGUUUAUGAGAUUUACUGUGAGCUAGGUUUUUUUAUGUAGCUCACUAAAAUCACAAUCAUUAGACAGUGUUAAAUAAUAUUUGCCCAAAUUGAGUGCGUUGACCCUUCAAAGUUGCAAUAAUAUAAAUAUUAUUCUAGAUUUUGAAAGUAUUUUAAAAUUCACGAGUAAAUACAUUUGUUUGUAACCAUUAGUCCCAAUAAAAUACAAAAGACUAUAGUUAGUUAGUCAGAUGGAUGAAAAAUCAUUCAACAGCCGUGGUAAAAAAAGCAAAUGUAAAUAUGAACACCUUUAUGAUGAAAGCUGUAUUCUUCUGUUCAAAAAGUGAAAACACUGUCAUUUACUUCAUUAAGAGGGAUGAGAAAUCAGCUUUAUUCAACAACCUGUGUGUUGUAUUCAACAACAAUAUGUAAUUAUUAUUUUUAUGAUAAUAUAAUCAAUUUCACUGGAAAAUCAAUGUAAUACAUAAGGCUAUAUAGUCUUAUGUCCAAAAAGAGAAAAAUGCUAAAAUAUUAAAUGUCUUCUUUUUCCAGUCAGAUGGGUAAGGAAUCAUCUUCCUUCAGCAACCUUGGUGAAAAAUAAAUGAUUGAAAAUGUGUUUGCUGAUUUUUAUGAUGAAAAAUCUAUUCUCAUGUCAAUAAAGUGCAAAAAUGCAAAA